AUCGGCAUCGAAGGGCAAGAAUCAACUUGAAGAGCACGAAGCAGCUGGAAACAAAGCAGAAGUUCAUUAGAAAGGACAGAUCCAGUUCAGCAUACUGUGAAGAGAAUGACGAAGCAUCCAUCUGUGAUGGCGUUGCCAGCGAAGUUGCUAAGUUUCAUGUUCUUAUCGGCGAUAUGUUUACCUUCAGUGCUGGGAGGUCGUCCUUUCCUUCCAUCGCUGCCGCCUCUCCCAUCGCUUCCUACUCGAUUUCCAUCGCUGCCUCCUCUCCCAACUCUUUCCGUUCAUCUUCCUUCGUUGCCUCCUCUUCCAACUCAUCUCCCGACGCUGCCGCCUCUUCCAAGCCUGCCACCUCUGCCCACUCUUCCUCCUACUCAUCUUCCAACGCUGCCACCUCUCCCAGCCCAUCUUCCGAGCCUUCCUCCUCUCUCCACUGUUCUUUCUAAUCUCCCAAAGCCUCCUCCGUUUCCCCAUGUUCCUUUCCAUGGCUCAGCGCCAUCUCCUCUUCAUUCUAUGUCCUCUUCUCCUCCUCACUCUAAAUCACCGUCUCCAGCUCAUUCAUCUUAGUCUGAAUUAAACUCUCACCAGUAGACUCUUGGCACGGUCAAACAACAUUGGGACACACCGCCAUCUUUCAGCAAGGGGUGAUCUACCUGUCUUCUGGUUUUACUGCAACAAUAUCUACUUCAUAGCCUUUGGACACCAUCUUCGUCCGUUUAGUUUCUCGUGGACUGCUCGCUUCGAACACAAAAGUGCCUGCCGUCUCCAACACCUGCCGUUUCCAUGGAGAGACUCUAGGACGACAAUGAUUUGGGGGUUUUGUUUCACGUGCCGAUGUAUCCCACUGCAAUAUGUGUCCUACACAUUUCACUGCUCGUUCGAGGCACCCAGCAUGCAAUGUAUUCGAAGCACGCUGCACAUUGCCGACACUCGUGUUAGCAGGAUGUAGACCAGCGCCUACUCUACCUCUCGGGACUUGGUCAGAGGCAAACUUCAGUCCUUUGCAGACAAAGAGUGCAACACCAUGUGCCUGCAAAUUUGUAAUAAGUGAAAAUGAAAUAAUAUGUCCUCUGAAGAAAAGUAUGAACUGUCCGGUACCAUAUUUUAUCAAGCAAUAAAGGCCACAAUGUUUUUUGGAAUUC